GGAGGAUUAGACUUGAACAUGCCCGGCGACCAUGCCAGCGGUGACGAGCAUUCACGUGGAGAUGGUGGUGACGUUGAGGGGAAUGAGGGAGGAGCAGGAGGAACUGGCGGCAGUGGCACUAGAAGAACCGUUAAGAGGACGCACUGGAGAGACGAACAAAAGGUUGCCAUAUACUGCAUGCUAUUGGAGAGGUGUGUUAACGGACGUCUUGGCAAAAACGUAACCAAAGAAGUGUCUGAGAUAUCCAAAAUUCCCCUAAGAACCGUGCAAGAUAUUUGGAAGAAGGCAAAGGAGAAGGGAGGUGUAGAGGGAAUAUUGAGCAAGAAGCCGAAGAACUGCGGGCGUAAGAGAAUAGAUUUCGACCCCGAAGCACUCAAACAAAUUGAGCCAAGGUUCAGAACAACACUCGGAGAUGUGGCAAGUAGGUUGAACAUGUCGAGGACUACACUCUGGAAGCGGUUGAAGGAGGGCAAGUUGAGAAAGCACACUAACGCUAUCAAAUCUACGCUUACUGAUGAGAAUCAGAGACGUAGAGUACAAUGGUGCCUUGACAGUUUUGAUCCUACGAGCUUACCAGAAGAGCCAACUUUCUCUGGUAUGUACCGCAUCGUACAUAUCGAUGAGAAGUUUUUCUAUCGAACUAGGAAGAGCCAGAACUUCUAUCUUGCACUUGAUGAGCCAGAACCGGAAAGAGUCACAAAAAACAAGAAUUACAUAGAAAAAGUAAUGUUCGUCGCGGCUGUGGCGAGGCCUCGGUAUGAUGUUGAUGGCACCGAGACAUUUGACGGUAAAAUUGGCGUAUGGCCAUUCACGUUUGAAGAGGCAGCUAAAAAGGAUAGUCCUAACCGUUUGAAGGGGACAAUGGUGACCAAGGUGAUCACGUCGGUCACUAGGGAUGUCAGUAGAGAAUGGUUGGUGAACAAGGUUCUUCCUGCUAUAAAGGCGAAAUGGCCAGCAUCAGAACGUGGUCAAACAAUUUACAUACAGCAAGAUAAUGCUAGAACACACAUCCCGGUUGAUGAUCCAGUAUUUUGUGCUGCGGCCCAGGCAGAUGGUUGGGAUAUUCGUUUGAUUUGCCAGCCUCCAAACUCGCCUGAUCUUAAUAUCCUGGACUUAGGGUUUUUUGCUGCCUUACAGUCGUUGUUUCACAAGUUGUUUCCGGGGUCGCUUGAUGAAAUUGUGCUCAAGGUAUUCCAGGCAUAUGAGCAGUACCCAACCGAGAGAACCAACAGGAUCUUCCUCACUCUACAAUCAUGCAUGCGGGAGAUUUUGAACUUAAAAGGAAGCAACCACUACAAGGUGCCUCACAUGAGGAAGCUAGCAUUGCAAAGACUUGGGAUCUUGCCGGUUAGGCUACAGUGCGAUCGGAUUAUUGUAGAUGCAGCUAGAAACUUUCUUCUUAACGUUUAG